UGAGCUUAUAAAGCGAAUGUGUUUAAGGUACUUAAGUUUAUUGCACAGACCCUCAACGUUAAGCUUUUUGGUGCAGCUCUAAAGUUGGGCCAGGAUGAUCUGGCAGCUGUUGUUGGUGGUGACGGUACUUGGCGUGGUGUACUACCGAUGGACGCGUCGACGGCUGUAUCAACUUGCAAAGAAGAUACCUUGCUUGCCAGACUGCUACCCUGUUAUAGGUCACGCACACAUCUUUGCUGGUGGUAAUGAAGAUAUAAUGCAAGCGUUGCAGACCAUAGGUCGAACAGCUAACGAGCAAGAUGGUCUUACAAGUUUCUGGGUGAGCAACAGGCUAUUCGUUGCUCUGACAGACCCUAGAGCUAUCGAGGUGGUCUCAAAAGCGUGCCUGGGCAAAGAUGAAUACCUUAUAAAGUAUAUACGGACUGCUAUAGGCAACGGGUCCAUAUUCGCUCCAGUGAACAUCUGGCAUCCUCGCCGCAAGAUAAACGCCCCCUUCUUCAGCCGCAAGAACCUGAACCAGCUUGUCCCAGUGUUCGACGCCAAGAGUUCCAUCAUGGCGGACUUACUUCAAGCCGAGGCAGGGCGGGGAGACUUUCCUAUCUGGAGAUACAUUACCACCUUCACGUUUGAUACAGUUUGCGAGACGGCCAUAAACACACCAAUAAACACGCAAAAGUACCCCGACCACUACUACCUCCUGACUGCAAUCGACGAAUGCACACAACUGCUGGCCAAGCGAGUCUUGCAGCCCUGGCUACACCCGGACAUUAUCUUCGAAAGACUGCCGGCGUACAAGAGGUUCCAAGAGCAUCUGCAACGCGCUUAUAGGUUUUUGGAGGAGAUUAUACAAAACAAAAAGGAAAAAAUGUCUGAACGUGGAAUUAAGAAUUUCAAAAACAAUAAGGACGAUAUCUCGCACUUCAUCGACGUAAUAGUCCAGUCUUCCGGAGGUCUAGAGAAGGGGUACUCAGAUUUGGAGCUGCGAGAGGAGUUACUAGUGUUCAUGAUAGCUGGGAGCGACACUUCAGCGACAGCUGUUAGCUUCACCACUGUGCUGCUGUCCCGGUAUCCUGAAGUCCAGGAAAAAGUUUAUCAAGAACUACAAGAAGUGUUCGGAGAUAAGUUUGCGUCAGGCACGACGCUCGUGGACUCGACAACAGUGAUGUUCAACAUCUGGGGCACGCACCGCAACGCGGAGUACUGGGGACGCGACGCUGAGGCGUUUCGUCCCGAGCGCUUCCUGCGCCCGCUGCCGCACGCCGCCAUGUUUGUGCCCUUCAGCCACUCCGUGAGGAAUUGUAUCGGUGCAACUUACGCAAUGAUGUCAGCAAAGACGGCGCUAGCCAACCUUCUCCGGCGUUACCGCUUACUACCGCCGGCCGGCGUACGCGCCGCUGACCUACAGCGCCCUCUGCACGUCAAGUACGACAUCAUGAUGAAGGCCGUCGAUAAUUUCACGCUUAGGAUAGAAGAGAGAAAUAGGAAGUCUGUCACGUUGAAUGCAGUGGAUAAUUUGAUAGAGAAGUGAGGGACCAGUUUAAAUCUGUAUGAGUAUUAAUUAUUAUUAUUAUAGUGAUGUAUACAGCGCGUAAACGUAAUAAGGGCGAUAAAUGAAACCAGGCGUAUAAUUCAAUAUUGUUUAUCAUUAAUUAAGAGGUGUUUUUGAUUUACUC